AUGUUGUUAUUUGCGUCGAUUCUGCUCUCCAUGAUUAGCAUUGCUCGAUCUAUCGGUCGCACACAGUCCACUGCUGUCGAAGGUAUCCUGAUGUGUGGAGAACAACAAGCGCGUGGAGUUCUAGUAAAAUUGUUCGAGGAUGACACAUUGACACCUGACGAAUUAAUGGACUCUGCUGAAACCGAUAGUCAUGGCAAAUUCAAGUUAAGUGGAUCAGCCGAUGAGAUUGGUACUAUCGAGCCGAAAGUGAACAUCUACCAUGACUGCGAUGACGGUAUCAAGCCUUGUCAACGUAUGCUGACCAUUUUUAUUCCGUCGGACUACAUAACAGCGGCAAAGCAGCCAACCAAAACGUUCAACCUAGGAAUUCUACAGUUGGCCGGAAAAUUCGAAGGAGAAACAAGAGAUUGCCUGCACGCAUAA